AUGAUCAACUCGGUCACUUAUAACAUCUCCAAGUUUCUGGCUUUGAUCAUCAACCUGUUGCGGCUGGAGGACAACAUCAUCACCUUUGUGAAGAACGAGCUAAAGAAGAUCCAGAAGGCUCUGAAUCCAAAUAAACCCCAGUGCUUGGAGUUUCAGAGGAAGGAUGAUGAGCAGAGGAGCAGCAGCAGAGAGGCAUUUGUGAAGAUCACAGUGGACUUCCUGAGGAGAAUGAAGCAGGAGGAGCUGGCUGACCGUCUGCAGAGACAUCUUCCAGCUGCAGUUUAUCAUCGUAACCUUAAAUCCACCCUGAAGAAGAAGUUCCAGUGUGUGUUUGAGGGCAUCGCUAAAGCAGGAAACCCAACCCUUCUGAAUCAGAUGUACACAGAGCUCUACAUCACAGAGGGAGGGACUGCAGAGGUCAAUGAUGAACAUGAGGUCAGACAGAUUGAAACAGCAUCCAGGAAACCAGACAGACCAGAAACAACAAUCAGACAAGAAGACAUCUUUAAAGCCUCACCUGGAAGAGAUGAACCAAUCAGAACAGUGCUGACAAAGGGAGUGGCUGGCAUUGGGAAAACAAUCUUAACACAGAAAUACAGCCUGGACUGGGCUGAAGACAAAGCCAACCAGGACAUCCAGUUCAUAUUUCCAUUCACUUUCAGAGAGCUGAAUGUGCUGAGGAAGAAAAAGUUCAGCUUGGUGGAACUUGUUCAUCACUUCUUUACUGAAACCAAAGAAGCAGGAAUCUGCAGCUUUGAAGACUUCCAGGUUGUGUUCAUCUUUGAUGGUCUGGAUGAGUGUCGACUUCCUCUGGACUUCCACAAAACUACAAUCCUGACUGACCCUAGAAAGUCCACCUCAGUGGAUGUGCUGCUGAUAAACCUCAUCAGGGGGAAACUGCUUCCCUCUGCUCACCUCUGGAUAACCACACGACCUGCAGCAGCCAAUCAGAUCCCUCCUUGGUGUGUUGACAUGGUGACAGAGGUCAGAGGGUUCACUGACCCACAGAAGGAGGAGUACUUCAGGAAGAGAUUCAGAGAUGAGGAGCAGACCAGCAGGAUCAUCUCCCACAUCAGGACAUCACGAAGCCUCCACAUCAUGUGCCACAUCCCAGUCUUCUGCUGGAUCACUGCUACAGUUCUGGAGGAUGUGCUGGAAACCAGAGAGGGAGGACAGCUGCCCAAGACCCUGACUGAGAUGUACAUCCACUUCCUGGUGGUUCAGGCCAAAGUGAAGAAGGUCAAGUAUGAUGGAGGAGCUGAGACAGAUCCACACUGGAGUCCAGAGAGCAAGAAGAUGAUUGAGUCUCUGGGAAAACUGGCUUUUGAUCAGCUGCAGAAAGGAAACCUGAUCUUCUAUGAAUCAGACCUGACAGAGUGUGGCAUCGAUAUCAGAGCAGCCUCAGUGUACUCAGGAGUGUUCACACAGAUCUUUAAAGAGGAGAGAGGACUGUACCAGGACAAGGUGUUCUGCUUCAUCCAUCUGAGUGUUCAGGAGUUUCUGGCUGCUCUUCAUGUCCAUCUGACCUUCAUCAACUCUGGACUCAAUCUACUGCAAGAACAACAAACUACCUCCUGGUGGUCAAAAUUAUUUAGCAAACCAAACCUACAGUUUCUCCACCAGAGUGCUGUGAACAAGGCCUUACAGAGUCCAAAUGGACACCUGGACUUGUUCCUCCGCUUCCUCCUGGGUCUUUCACUGCAGACCAAUCAGACUCUCCUACGAGGCCUGCUGACACAGACAGGAAGUAGCUCACAGACCAAUCAGGAAACAGUCCAGUACAUCAAGAAGAAGCUCAGUGAGAAUCUGUCUGCAGAGAAAAGCAUCAAUCUGUUCCACUGUCUGAAUGAACUGAAUGAUCGUUCUCUAGUGGAGGAGAUCCAACAGUCCCUGAGAUCAGGAAGUCUCUCCACAGAUAAACUGUCUCCUGCUCAGUGGUCAGCUCUGGUCUUCAUCUUACUGUCAUCAGAAAAAGAUCUGGAUGUGUUUGACCUGAAGAAUUACUCUGCUUCAGAGGAGGCUCUUCUGAGGCUGCUGCCAGUGGUCAAAGCCUCCAACAAAGCUCUGUGA